UGCUCCAAAUCACUCUACACACAGAUACACAGUCAACCUUCUCUCAAGACAAAGAGGAAAAACACACCCAGGUUUCAGAAAUGUCCACCUCCAGCACUGUCCUGUCUGAAGAGCAGUUCCUGUGCUCUGUCUGUCUGGAUGUGUUCACUGAUCCAGUCUCUAUUCCAUGUGGACACAACUUCUGCAAGGUCUGUAUCAGGGAAUACUGGAACACCACUGCCCUGUGCCAGUGUCCACUGUGUAAGGACACAUUCAAUACAAGACCGGACCUAAAAACCAACACAACGCUCAGAGAAGUUGCAGAUCAUUUUAAGAGGAUGAAGGUCAGAGAGAGAGGACAGAUGAUCCAGGAGCGACUGCUGAAGGUUAAGGAGAUCAAACUCUCAGUAGAGCUCAGCCAGAGAGAUGCAGAGAGAGAGAUAGCAGGAAGUGUGGAGGUCUUCACUGCUCUGGUGCGCUCCAUUGAGAGAAGUCAGGGUGAGGUUAUUGAGGAGGUUGAGGAGAAGCAGAAAGCAGCUGAGAGGAAGGCUGAAGGGCUCAUUGAAGAACUGGAGCAGGAAAUCACUGAGCUGCUGAGGAGAGGCACUGAGCUGGACCACCUCCACCAGAACUCCCCAUCCCCAAUCAAGGACUGGUCUGAGAUCAGUGUUCACAGGGAUCUGCAUGUAGGAACUGUGAGGAGAGCUCGGUCUCAGCUGGAGGAGAUGCUUCAUAAUGAGAUGGAGAAGUUGUGUAAUGCUGAGCUGAAGAUGAUACGGCAGUGGUCAGUGGAUGUGACUCUGGAUCCUGAUACAGCACAUCCCAAGCUCAUUGUGUCUGAGAACAGGAAACAAGUGAGCUUUGGAGACAAAGGGCAGAUUCUCCCUGACCUCCCAAAGCGGUUUGAUAUGUAUCUAUCGGUCUUGGGAAAGGAGGGCUUCUCCUCAGGGAGAUUCUACUUUGAGGUUCAGGUGAGAGGGAAGAUUGAGUGGCAGGUAGGCGUGGCCAGAGAGUCCAUCAUCAGGAAGGGCCCAAAAGUUAAAAGCCCAGAUGCUAGACUCUGGGCUCUGUAUAUGAAGGGUGAGAAUAAGUAUGAGAUCAAGGACACACCCCCUAUCCCCCUCUUCCUGAGUCAGAAACCCCAGAAGGUGGGGGUGUUUGUGGAUUACAAGGAGGGUCAGAUCUCCUUUUAUGAUGUAGAAAACAUGUCUCAUAUCUAUUCUUUCACUGGUUGUACCUUCACUGAGAAGCUAUAUCCAUACUUGAACCCCUGUAAUAAUUCUGAGGGUCCAAACUCAGCCCCAUUGGUCAUCUCUCCUGUCAAUCACAUUGACUGAAUUGGGGUCCAAUAGGGCAGAAGUGCUGAUAAUAUUGGGCCGCUUCCAGGUGGUCUGCCAAGGAGUCGCAAAACAAAUUUCACAACACCUGGACAGGUGUUUAACAUUACGACAGAAACCGCAUCAAUAUGAUGUUAUAAUCUCAAGCAUGACUGCAAUAUAUCUAAUGAUUGGUUCAUUUGUAGAGCAUCUUUUAAAUCAGAGGAUUAUGCUUGAAAUCUGAUCUACCGUUGAAUAUUGUUUUAGUUUGUCUUUUUUCAAAUUUAUUUUCCCCAUUUUUCAGUAUGGUGUGUUGAGACGUUGUUUGGAUUAAUUUGGGAGUAUGUCCUGAAUUAUCCAAAUCUAGUACAAUGCAUCCAUUUCUUGUGAGUUUUCAUUGUAUGUGGUCAAUGUCACAUAAACAUAAUAAAUACAGUGAAUAAAUGUGUUCUUGUUUUUGAGUCUAAAUUGUUUAUAAGGACGAUGCAUCCUAGAGGGCAGUGGAACAGAGGGGUUACUGCAGCAGUGCAUUGUAGUAAUCUGAGACCCACACUGACCUCUAGAUCUG